AUGCACCUCGGGUAUCUCAUCCUCGCUGCCUUCCUGAGCCAACCACUGGGCACCAUGGGGCAGACCACCAUCACCCAGCAAGAAGGACAAGUCACAGUAGAGGAGAAAGACACCUUCCAGACCACCUGCACCUACCAAAGCUCCAGGCCUAAUGCCCUGCUUUGGUACCAGCAGAGGAAAGGCCAAGCUCCCCAGCUGCUCUCGUCUCAGGCAGCAGCUGGCCACAAGCCGAGCGGCCGUCUCACCACAUCGCUGAACACCACAGGGAAAUACAGCCUCCUGCAGCUGGAGGAAGUCGAGGUCUCUGACAGUGCCUUGUACCUCUGUGCUGUGCAAGACACCCUGGUAUUCCUGCAGGCCUGUCUCUUAGAGCACCUGCUCUGGGAUGUGUCCCUCCGAGGUCAGAGUUCAAAGUGCACCUCAGGCAUCCAAGACAUGUCCUGCUACAACCAGUGCCAGCCCUGCCAGCCCUGUGGCCCGACCCCACUGGCCAACAGCUGCAAUGAGCCCUGUGUCAGGCAGUGCCAGAACUCCACUGUCGUCAUCCAGCCCUCCCCUGUGGUGGUGACCCUGCCCGGCCCCAUCCUCAGCUCCUUCCCGCAGAACACCGUUGUGGGGCUCCUCCACCUCCGCUGCUGUUGGCAGCAUCCUCAGCUGUGA